CCCGCGGAGCCCCGCCCUUCCGGUGGACGCGACGCCCCUAUUGGCUGGUGGGGAGGGCAUAUAUUGACGUCACACGGAGGCGGCUUUCCUUUUCGUUCGGCGCCCGCCGAGGCCUCCACACGGCGUUGUCCGCGUUCCCUGUCGUCGCUUCUUAAGGGAAACCCCACGAUGUCCGGAGGUCUCGAUGUCCUGCAGAUGAAGGAGGAGGAUGUCCUCAAGUUCCUUGCUGCCGGGACCCACCUGGGAGGCACCAACCUUGACUUCCAGAUGGAGCAGUAUAUCUACAAGAGGAAGAGCGAUGGUAUUUACAUUAUCAAUCUGAAGAGGACCUGGGAGAAGCUCCUCCUGGCAGCCCGUGCUAUUGUGGCCAUUGAGAACCCAGCUGAUGUGAGCGUCAUUUCUUCCAGGAAUACUGGACAGCGUGCUGUUCUGAAGUUUGCUGCUGCCACUGGGGCUACUCCUAUUGCUGGACGCUUCACCCCUGGUACUUUCACAAAUCAGAUCCAGGCGGCUUUCCGUGAGCCACGACUCCUGGUUGUUACGGAUCCCCGAGCUGAUCAUCAGCCACUGACAGAGGCUUCUUACGUCAACAUCCCCACCAUUGCGCUGUGCAACACUGACUCCCCACUGCGCUAUGUGGAUAUUGCUAUCCCCUGCAACAACAAGGGAGCUCACUCAGUGGGCCUGAUGUGGUGGAUGCUGGCUCGGGAGGUCCUACGCAUGCGUGGCACCAUCUCCCGUGAGCAUCCGUGGGAAGUCAUGCCUGACUUGUACUUCUACAGGGAUCCUGAGGAGAUUGAGAAGGAGGAGCAGGCUGCUGCUGAGAAAGCAGUGACAAAGGAGGAGUUCCAGACCGAAUGGACAGCCCCAGCUCCUGAAUUCACUGCUCCUCCUCAGCCUGAGGUUGCUGAUUGGUCUGAGGGAGUGCAGGUCCCAUCUGUGCCAAUCCAGCAGUUCCCCACAGAGGAUUGGAGUGCCCAGCCGGCCACUGAGGACUGGUCAGCAGCUCCCACUGCCCAAGCUACGGAGUGGGUUGGGACUACCACUGAGUGGUCUUAACUUCAGUGCCGCUGUACUAUCAAAAAUAAAGAUUGGUUUAAUACCCAUCCUAA